AUGAAUUGUGACGUGGAUGGCGAUUUUGUGGAUCCGGUAAAUUCAUUCACAUCCGCUUCCGAUCGGAGUACACUAUUGCUGUAUCGAAACGAUUGCUCCACUCAUGAUGUGCAUGAGUCUACUCUGCUGAAUCAAAGUGACGAUUGUCACACAGAUCCGAUGGACACGAUCCAAUACAAUCGAUCCAGUUCGACCGGUCGUUUACGAUCGGGACGGAUGGCGUUAAAAUUGACACGAAAAGAGCGAAUGCGGAAUGCGCUGAAAUUGUGGCGUUUGCGCAAGCGCUGGGAGAAGGAGUAUGAUAAGCAAAAGUGA